CUUGCCGCAUUCCACCUUGGUAUCGCGACCGCUCCACCUCCCCAAGAUACCCGGUGCUGUAUGCCUACAGUGCGACUCCAUCUUCGAGGACCCUGUUAUUCUGCUCGAACCGCGACUGCAAUUGCGUCUACCCGCCGAAUACCUACGCGAACAACUGUCCCGCGAUCCAUACCUCGAGCGCAACUGCGCACGCUCCAUACGUCACUGCUCAGGAUGGAUACACACAAUACGUCUGGCGUGUCUGCCUCUUCGGGCGACGACCUAAAUCUCAAGAAUAGGCUGAACGAGAGCCGAAGCCCAUACGUCCGCGGCCAUAUGAACAAUCCAGUCGCAUGGCAGAUGUGGGGACCAGAGGCCAUCGAGCUGGCGAAGAGGUCCAACAGACUGAUAUUCAUCAGCAUAGGCUAUGCUGCAUGCCAUUGGUGUCAUGUCAUGGAGCGCGAGUCGUUUGAGAACCAAGAAGUCGCAAACCUACUAAACAAGAACUUCAUCCCGAUAAAGAUUGAUCGCGAAGAGCGUCCCGAUGUAGAUCGGAUAUACAUGAAUUAUGUUCAGGCUACGACCGGCUCGGGCGGAUGGCCGCUCAAUGUCUUCAUUACGCCGGAUUUAGAGCCUAUAUUUGGUGGGACGUAUUGGCCGGGGCCGGGCUCCACGAUGGGCAUGGGUGAACAGAUCGGGUUUAUCGGCAUCUUGGAGAAGAUAAGGGAUGUCUGGAAGAAUCAGCAACAGAGGUGUUUGGAUUCGGCGAAAGAGAUUACAGCGCAACUGCGAGACUUUGCAGAGGAUGGAAACAUCAGCAGAAUGGAUGGUGCGGAUCACGAUGGGCUGGAGUUGGAGCUGCUCGAUGAAGCUUUUGAGCACUUCAAGAGAAAGUACGACCAGUUACAUGCUGGCUUUGGAAGCGCCCCAAAGUUCCCCACGCCCUCGAACCUCCAUUUCCUCCUGAAACUAUCUCAAUAUCCGAGCGCGGUUGCCGACGUCAUCGGAGCAAAAGAUUGCACAUUUGCAAAAGAUAUGGUACUGGCGACGUUGGAUGCGAUGAACAGGGGUGGCAUACACGACCAGAUUGGUAAUGGCUUCGCGCGAUACUCGGUCACAAACGACUGGAGCUUACCGCAUUUCGAGAAGAUGCUUUACGACCAGACGCAACUACUACCGGUGUAUCUGGAUGCGUAUCUCGUGACAAAGAGCCCCGAACAUCUCGCUGCUGUUCACGACAUUGCGACGUAUCUCACUAGUGCGCCUAUGCAAGCUGUACAUGGUGGCUUCUUUUCCUCAGAAGACGCGGACUCUUUAUAUAGACCAAACGAUAAGGAGAAACGUGAAGGAGCAUUCUACGUGUGGACUUUGAAUGAAUUACAGGACAUACUAGGCGAUCGAGAUGCUGAGAUCCUGGCACGAUAUUACAACGUCAAGGACGAGGGAAAUGUUGCUCCCGAACAUGAUGCCCACGACGAGCUCAUUAAUCAGAACGUGCUUGCGAUCACCACAACACGGGCAGAUCUAGCGAAACAAUUCGCUCUUUCUGAGGAAGAAGUGAACAAGACCCUCGCCCAAGGCCGACAAAAGCUGCUCGAGCACCGCAACAAAGAGCGCCCAAGACCCGCUCUUGACGACAAGAUCGUCGUAUCAUGGAACGGCCUCGCCAUUGGGGCUCUAGCACGAACAGCUGCAGCACUUUCCGCGCAAGACCCUACGUGCUCAAGAGAGUAUCUCGCUGCAGCAGAGAAGGCCGCCUCAUUCCUCCGGAAAGAACUCUAUAACAGCGAUUCGCGUACACUAACACGUGUCUAUCGGGAAGGCCGCGGCGACGCCCCCGGUUUCGCAGACGACUACGCCUACCUCAUUUCCGGGCUCAUAGACCUCUACGAAGCGACCUUCAACGACACAUACCUCCAAUGGGCAGACGACCUCCAGCAAUCACAACUCCAUCUUUUCUGGGACAAAGAGAACCUUGGCUUCUUCUCCACGCCCGAGAACCAGACUGAUUUGAUUAUGCGAUUAAAGGAUGGAAUGGAUAAUGCGGAGCCGGGUACGAAUGGCGUGUCAGCGCACAACCUAGAUCGCCUAAGUGCGCUGUUGGAGGACGGGGAGUAUGGCAAGAAGGCAAGGGAGACGAGUAGUGCAUUUGAGGCGGAAAUCAUGCAGCACCCGUUUCUGUUCCCGAGUAUGAUGGACUCUGUUGUCGUUGGGCGAUUGGGUAUCCGACACACUGUUAUCACUGGUGAGGGCCAGAGGGUGGAGGAAUGGAUACGAAGGUAUAGAGAGAAGCCGACGGGACUGGGCACGGUGAGCAGGAUUGGUAAAGGGUUGGGUGCGUGGCUGAAUCAGCGGAAUCGGUUGGUGAAGAGUAUGGAUGCAGGCAAAGAAGGGGUUAUGGUGUGUGAGCAUGGAGCGUGUAGAGAGGAGUUGAGUAUGGACAUGGGGAGUGUGGGAGAUGCUAUUCCUGCUUUAUGAUGAUAAUUUGGAAGCUAGGCAGUGCGUACUGGGAAAGAUGAUAAUGGCUCGAAAGGUACGGAAUGUAUAAAUGAUUUUAGUCUAGUAAGCUCCAAGCAACAGCAUUUUUUACCACGUCUGAUAUAGUUCGAAACAAGACAGCUGAAUUACAACUCGUGG